AUGACUUCCAAUCAAUCCAUAAGCUCGUCUGAAUUACUUCAGUUUUUAAAUGAUAUAGAAUCCAAUAUUAAUGAUCAAGACACUGAUUUCCAUAAACUCAUUUUUUACCUUUUCCGAUUCACCAAUGAGAAAUUAAAUACUUUACAACAUGAAGAGACAUCUGAACAAAUUGAGUUAUUAUCCAGACUAAUCACAACUAUAGAUCUAGUACUAUCGAAGAAAAUAUACCUACUAAAGAUACCACUAACACAACAGGAAUUGAGUUUGAUCCAUAUACCUGAAAAUUUCAUUACUGUGGGAACAGAUUGUCAAUUAUACCAAUGGUGUAUAAUUUUUGCCAGACUUCAAAUAUCUAGAUUCACAUCAAGCACGAGUAUACUCAAUCAGUUAAAGAGGUUGAUAAUUUUGAUCAUCAAUUUAGUGUGUUCGAAGUUGCAUAGUUUUAAAGAAAUAAAAAAUAUCCGAACUCAAUUGUUAACCAUCCUUGGAGAUGAUUUGAAUUAUUGUCUUCAAAAUUUAGCCGAAUCUAAUUCCAAUGAAUAUCAAGGCAAACUAGCAAGUGGAAUACAUUUUUUUUCCAUAGUGAAUGAUCAUGAUAUAUCUGAGAAACUUUCUGUGAAUCUAAACAGUUAUCAACAACAAUUUGAAAGUUACAGUAGGAAAAUUUGGUUCACCAUAAAUGAAAUCAGUCUUGAAUCAACACCGGCAAAUUUGAAAUUGUUAGAUACUUUGAAAUCAGUAUUUAUAUUAUUACAUCUUAACAAUAUUAUGUUGAAUCGACAAGUAACUUGGGUUGAAAUUGGUUUAUUGAUGAAUUGGAUAGUUGAGUUUUUAAGACAAGAUUUUAACGCAUUAGAUUCAGCUACCGAUCAAUUUGACUUUGUCCAUUUAAAUCAUUCAAUUUCAUUGUCAUUGUUCAAAAUUUACUUGUUUUGCUUGGAAAAGGAUAGACAAUGCCCUGAUAAUAAUAUGGUAGAAAAUUUCAUGACAUUCUUAAAUUUCAAAGCUAUUCUAGCAAAAUUGGUCUACGAUGAGAAUCUUCCUAAAGUGAUUAAAAAGACCUUGAAUAUAAUACAGCAUAGUUUUUAUUCAAAGAAGAACCACGAUGCAGAGGAGUUGAAAAUUUACAAAUCAGGUGUUUACCGAAACUAUGUGGAUGAACCGUUCGGUGAUCCAGAAUUGGAAUCACUCAGAUUGAAAACCCGUGAGUUCCAGAAAUUACUGGAGCAGAACAAUAUGAUAGAAUUAUUAAGUUUUGUUACUGGCGAAAUGGAUGAACCUAUCGACGGUCUGUGUGUUUAUGAUCUUAAGGAAUGGAUAGAAUGUGUCAAAGAUUUAACCGUCCACAAUAGAGAUAGAAUUAGUCAAGAUAAAGCUACUUUAUAUACCCUAGCAACAACUCUAGGUUAUUUUCCUUGCAUUCUCAUUAAUGAUUUUGAUUACUCCAUCGGUGAAUGUACCAAAUGUGGCUCCUCCCCACUAACCAAAAACUAUUUCAGUGAUAUUGACCCAAAAAGAGUCCCGGUCACUAGUAGGCAAGAGACAGCUAUUCUUCAACAAAUCGUUGUUCAGUUUUUCAUUCCCAAAAUAAUUGCCACUAAUGAUUCACUAUUGACUUGUAAUGUGCUUAUUUUAAUUUUCAAGUUAUAUGCUAGUUUUUCACCUGUUUCAUAUAUGGCGGACCACGAGGUUAUCGAUUUUUUGUUGACAUUGUUGGCAAAUGAUAAUAAUCGUGAUGUUCGAAUGCUCGUCACGAGAAUCCUACCACUUUAUUUAAUCCAACUGGGUAAUGACAAACAACUAGAUGAAACCUUCAAGUACAUUUUUCAAAAGAUCACCGCAAUUGACUUUUCAUCACCGCGUCGUUGUCAUUUUGGUGAGUCAACAAUACGUGCAGUUGCUGAAUUGGCUACUGUGUCCAAUGGAGAACGGUUGUGUGCGAUUUAUUUCAAAUUGAUCGACUGGUUGAGUGAGCCAAAUCAGCAACAUACAAAUUACGUCUAUUGUGGAAUUCUCGACCUUGCAUCUACUAAAUCUGUUCCCCCUCAUAAACUACUCUCUCCAUAUUUGCCAAGUGUUGCCGAUAUGAUUAUCAAGAACUCUCGUGUUUUGGAAAAGAUAUUGCAAGUUCUGGGAGUCACAAGAAAGUAUUUCUUGAAUAGAAACAAGGAAUAUAUUGUACCACGAAUUUUAGAGUAUUACAAAGACCCUACAUUGAUUUCUCAGAUUGCUGAUGCCGCGGGAGUUGAAAUUGGAAAAUUACUUGCAUCUUGUUUAUCCCGUAUUCUUGCUUUCUAUUUGGUUAAAGACGGGGUGAAUGAAAAAUAUAUUGUCAAAGUUCUAAGUAAUGUGUGUCCAGAUUAUAAAUUAGUUUCACCCAACGAAUUAUUUACACGUAUUGGUGAAAUCACGUGGUAUAUUUUAUUGGAGAUUCAAGUUGAUGACAAUGGUGGGAUUAAAAAUCUAGCCAAUAUUUCCAAGGCAUUGGAAUGUGUGGCUUCACAUAUGAAACUACGGGACCGCGCCAAACCAUUAAACGUUGCUAGUUUAAUAGAAGAUCAGGUUUUGUUACUUGUACAGAUGUUUAGUGAUGUGACUCAUUCAUUAAGAGGUGCUAAACCGUUUCUUGAAUUGAAACAUUCAUUUUUUGCAAUCCAAUUUAUAAUUCAAGGUCACGUAGAAGCAAUCACAUCUGCAUUGGGUCAACUAUCAACAUGUUUGCAAGCGACUUUAGAAGAGCCAGACUACCAUGUUUUGUCAUUAAGUUGUUGGAAUGAAUUGGUGAACAAAUUACCACAAUCACAUUUAAUUUCCUUGAUUGAUAUUAUAAUCUCCUUGAUUUUCCAAAAAUUUGAAAGUUUUGGUUCUGAAGCUAGAGAAAUUGCUCUCCAAAUCUUGCAAUCGAUUUACAAGCAAAUUAAAGAUGAAAGACACAAUUGCUAUGUAUUGUAUUAUUUGUCACUUCCGUUUUUGCCAUACAUGAGAGAUUAUCAAGUUGUUAGAGAAUUUAAAAGCAUGAAAUCCCCGUCAAAACCAAAAAUAUUCAAAGAAUUCAACAGAAGGUUACUGACAAGCAAUGUUUACGUUGUCAAACAAGCCCUCUUUGAUUUGUAUAAUUACUGUCAACAGUACCAAGACUAUUGCCAAAGCGAAUACUUUAAAGAUCCUACAAUGACAGGUAUCAUGACUGCUUUGGUUCGAACAAUACUCGAUACAGCUGCCAAGUUUAGAAACAAGAACCCCAAGAUUUCAAGUGAAUGUGCCAGAGUGUUGUCUGUUAUUGGUGCCUUAGAUGCUAACAAGUUUCAUUAUAAAACAGUUAACCAACUGAUUGUUAUCAAGCUGGAUUUUGAGAGCACAAAAGAAGUUAUUAAGUUUUUGGUGGAUUUGAUUGAGAAUCAUUUGUUGAAGAUUUUUUGGGCAUCAAAUGACCCUCAUAAACAAUUAUUUGCAGCAUACUCGAUGCAGAAACUUCUUCUGGUUAUGGGUCUUGAUGAACGGGUAUUAACAAAGAGUGAAGACAAUCCGUGGAAAUCGUUUAGUGAUGUUGGGAAAUCUACAUUGACUCCAUUGUUAAAAUCCAAAUAUGCUGCUCCUAAACCGAAAUCAAAGGAAAUUGAGUUCCCAUAUUUCAAAUUGGGAAUGAAGUAUGAAACAUGGUUGGUAGACAUUACGUUAUACUUACUAAAAGCAGCUAGUCUUGAUGAUAAAAAUAAAAGCAAAGACGUAGCAAAUAGAAAAGUUAUAUUUGGUACCUGUGCGGUGUUGAUUCACAAAGAUCCCGAUAUUCCUUUGUGCCAGCAUUUAUUGAAAUACGUUGCAUUAAGUCAUGUUGUUAAUGAUGGAAUUGCUGAUGCAUUGCGCAAGGAGUUUUUACAUAUUUUCAGUUUUGAUACUAAAUUAGUAUCACCUGAAAGAGCAGAACAAUUGAAAUUGUGCUACCAAACUAUAUUCUCCGUGUUUGAUUAUUUUAAUGAAUGGACAUGUGCUAUGCGUGAACACUCCAAUAAAAUGGAAUCCCAAACUCUGUCUGAUAAAUCAUUCUCCAAAGUUGAAGCAGUACAGAGGUUCAGCUCAUUUCCACAAGAACUUAUUGCUACAAAAGCAGCUGAAUGUGAUGCAUAUGAGAGAACAAUUAUGUACUUGGAAAAUUGUUACCGUGAUGGGAAUUUUGGUUUGUCAAAUAUUGAUAGUGCUUCUACUUUACAAUCCAUGUAUGCAAAUCUUGAUGAUUAUGACGCGUUGAAUGGUAUUCUAAAAAUGUUUUCAACAAAUAACUUGAGGCAGAAAUUAUCAACAUUCCAAUAUAGUGACAAUUGGAGUUUAGCACAUGAAUCAUUUGAAGUUUUGGGAACAACAAGCAAUGGAGAAGUGGAAAAGACAAAAUUGCUCGAAUCAUUGAAUCAACGAGGUUUGUAUGAUGAGGCAUUAUCAACUUUAGCCGCAGCAACGGAUCUGACCGACUUGACAUCGAUUCCUUUAGAUUGGUCCAUGACAGGUAUACGUUCCGCGGUUUUCAAAGGUGAUGCUGAACAGUUAAGGAAAUGGUUAAUGAUAACAAACACUAUUGGGACACCACUUAGUACAGAAGGAAUGGUUGAUUAUGAAUUUGCUAAAUGUAUCAACUUUAUAUUUGACAUGAACCUUGAAUCGUUUACAGAGUCAAUGAAUAAAUUGUGCAACACCAUUGGUAGCUCAUUGGUUACAUCAGUAUCGUCAAAUUUUACAAGAAAUAUCGCUUUAAUGAAUCAAUUGCAUGCAAUUCAUGAUAUCGAGUUGAUUAUGUCAGGUAAGGAUUCAGAUACAGUUUUGAAAGCAAGGUUAAGUAAUGUUGAUCAAGAUUUCGAUACUCAAAGAAGUCUUAUUACGUUGCAUAAUGUGGCGUAUAAUCUGUCUCAUGAUACUUUAAAAGUAUCGGGGAAUUUGUUAUUGGAAUCACAAAUGGCAAGAAAGAAUGGUAGGUUGGAUAUCUCAACACGGUGUAUUGUCCAAGCAAUGGCAUUAAAUGAUGAAAAUGCUAAUGUUGAAUUUGCUCAUUUGUUAUGGGAACAAGGAAAACAAUCCGAAGCAAUCAAGUCUUUGUAUGAUAUUCUAAAAGAAGACAAGUUCAAUGGAGACCAGAAACGUAAAGCCCAAGUGUAUCUUCAGUAUGCCAAUUGGUUAGGUGAGUCGAAUCAUUUAUCGGCACAACAGAUCAUUCAAGAAUAUAAUACAGCACUUCAACUUGAUAUGCUAAGUGAGAAAUGUCAUUAUGAUCUUGGUAAAUAUUACAAUAAGUUGAUGGAUACUUCAGAUGACAAGUCUGGAUUAUACCAACUGUAUGCGGUGAAACAUUAUUCUAGAGCUGUAUCUGUGGGCACAAAUUAUGUUUUUGAAGCUUUGCCUAAAUUGAUUACCAUUUGGCUUGAUUUUGCAAAUUUGAAAAAUGAAACAGCAACUGCAUUUCAACGUCAGAAAUUAAAUGCAAUUAUUCUUGAGAUAACUCUUGGUAUCAAGAACAUCCCAAGAUAUUCAUGGUUUACAGUUAUUACUCAAGUGUUAUCAAGAAUUGUACAUCAACAUGAACCAUCAUUCGAAGCGUUGGCCAAAAUAGUUAUGAAAGUUGUUAGAAAUUAUCCAGAACAUGCAUUAUGGUAUGUCUUAUCACAUACAAAAUCAACUGAUAAGAUUAGGAGAAGCAGAGUUAAGAAAAUCUUGCAUGAAGUAGCUACUGUUUCAGUUGGUCCAGAAGAUAAAGAUGCAUUUGAUGUUGCUUCUUGUGAAGUACUCAGUAAACAUAUAGAUGGAGCAAGAAGAUUAUUUGAAAAAUUGAUUGGCAUUGCUAGUUUUAAAGUUGAUCGUCGUGCUAAAAAGAAGGUAUUGCUGUUGUCUAAAGAUUUCCAAUUACAAUUAACUGACCCAAUAAAUGAUGUGGUGAUACCAGUACAAUCAAACUUGCAAAUUAGAUUACCGACCCAUGGGUUAACUCAUUUUAAAGGUUUUAAUAGAGCCUCAAGUGUUACAUUUGAUGGGUUUGACGAAAAAGUGAAUAUUUUCCAUUCUUUACAAAUGCCAAAACAAGUUGUUAUUCGAGGAUCUGAUGGUAAAGCAUAUCCCUUAAUGGUAAAAGAUGAUGAUACUCGUAAGGAUGCUAAAGUGGUUGAAUUUACCACGAUGGUGAAUAGAAUCUUGACAUCUAGUACUGAGGCUAGAAAAAGAGGUUUACAAAUUCUGAAUUAUUCUGUUAUUCCACUUUCUGAACGCUAUGGGGUAAUUGAAUUUGUCCUGAAUGUUCAAACUAUGAAAGGUAUUAUCGCUGAAGAACGUAAACGAAUGGGUAAACAAAUUAAUGAACAUAAAAUAUUUACAAUGAUUGAUAAAUUACAAAAAGCCAAACCUAAAAAUUUGAAAGAUCUUGUUCGACAAUUUCGUGAAAUAUUAUUAGAAAAUCCACCUAUUUUGCAUAACUGGUUUAUUGAACAAUUUUCUGAUCCAAGUGCAUGGUAUAUGGCAAGAAAUUCAUUUACAAGAUCUAGUGCAGUUAUGUCAAUGGUUGGUUAUAUUGUUGGAUUAGGAGAUCGACAUUGUGAAAAUAUUUUGAUUUUUAAAGAGAAUGGUUCUGUAUUACAUAUUGAUUUUGAUUGUUUAUUUGAAAAAGGUUUAACUUUACCAACACCAGAAAUUGUUCCAUUUAGAUUAACUCAAAAUAUGGUUGAUGCUAUGGGUAUUAGUGGAGUUGAUGGUAUUUUCAGAAUUACAUGUGAAGUAACUGGAAGUUUAUUAAGAGAAAAUGAACAAAUUUUAAUGAAUAUUUUAGAAACUUUAAUUCAUGAUCCUUUAUUAGAUUGGAAAAAAUUGGAUCCUCGUCAUAUACUUAUGAAAGUUCGUAAAAAAUUAAGAGGUUUAAUUAAUGAAGAUGAAGGAUUACCAAUGAAUAUUCAUGGUCAAGUUGAUGUUUUAAUUCAAGAAGCUACAUCAAUUGAAAGAUUAGCACAAAUGUAUUGUGGUUGGGCAGCAUAUAUUUAA